CGGCGCCAGUCCAUCCGUCUCUCCCUCUUUUUUUGCUUGUUCUAAUUUGAAAGGUCUAUGUACUCUUGAUUAUUGCGUAUGCUUCAAAUUGCUCGUUGAGACGCAACGAUGGUGUACGACAUUGAGAAUAUGAAGAGGCGGUAUGACCAGGCAUGUGCUAUCGAAGAUAGCAAGGACAAGAUUGUCGAGGACCUUUUUUCUCACAUUGAAACCCUUUACUGCGAAAUGCGAAAACAGAGAGAUGAUAUCGACGAUAAAAAGAGACUUAUUGCGUCAUUCAAGGCAGAGAACAAGAAGUACGAAAAUGAUAUUGACAAUAUGUGCCAUGACCAGGCUAAAUUGAGCUUCGUUACUGUGUUAGUUGAUGGAGAUGGCAUGAACUUUCCUGAGAAAUUCAUACAAGGUGGCCACAAUGGUGGCCACGAGGCUGCGCGGCUUCUCAUCCAAGCUGUUGAAGCCCAUAUUCAAAAGAUUGAUCUCAAAGCAAGCCCAACUACCCGGUGUAGGAUCCUUGUGUAUGCCAACGUGGAAGGCCUGGCGAAGGCUUAUCGUGACGCAAACGUGCUUCGUGCCGAUGAGACCUUGACGUCGUUCAUUCAAGGUUUCAAUAAGGAGGACGCAAUGUGCGACUUUACGGAUGCAGGAAAAGGAAAAGAAUGCACAGAUUUCAAAUUACGAGCGCAUUUCGAGCAGGAUAUUUUGAACGUUCACUGCCAACGGAUCAUCUUCUGUGCUUCGGCUGACAAUGGUUACGCUCGUGUUCUCGGUCCACACCGAGGGUCGGAACGGAUCUCACUGGUUAGGGGACCACCAUUUGCCAGUGAGAUGAAGGAAUUAGCGGAGAGUUUUGUAUCUACUUCAUUUGAAGAAGUAUUCAUGUCGGCCAAACUGAGGACAGCCAGGAAAGUGUCUCCCUGUUCCACAAAUACAGUCAUCACACCUCCAAGAACACCCACCCCAAACUAUGCAUCAGCAGCCAAAGCAGCGCCUCUACUACAACCAUCACCAACGGUAGUUCCUGCUGCAAUGGGACCGACAAAACCAGGUUUAUCAAUAUGUGUAAACGCCAGAGGCCAGCGGGUUGACCGUCACGUGCGAUACUCUUCCAGGGACAACGUCGACGAGCUGAAAGGCAGAAAAUUAUGCAACCGGUUUCAUCUCGUUGGGUCAUGCACUUAUGGUGAUGACUGUACGCACAAACAUGGCCCAUCACUCAGUCCUCGCGAGCUAACUGAUCUGACACAUAUUGCGAGACUAUCUAUUUGCCCGAAUGGCCUCUUUUGUAGGGAAGUGAAUUGCACCUGCGGGCACCGCUGCCCGCGGGAGAAUUGCUCAGGUUAUGGCUGCAGGUUCCCUGACAGCAUGCACGGUGUUGAUACAAAUAUUGUUAGCAUGAUUUAAUUGCUAUCUGGUCAUUCAUUUCUUGCACAUUUGUAUUUAGUUGAUAUUUGAUAGCCUUGAUGCUGCCCUCAUUGUUCGUGGAAUACUUCAUUUCAUCAAUAACGUAUGUUAGGAUCAGAUGGCAUCGGGAAGGAUGGCGAC